CACGGCCAGGUAGGAGAGGGACACGUAACCGUUUACUGCUCAUGGCUCACGAGUUUAGAGCUUGAAAUUCCAUUCCAUUACUUACUUGACAGACCGACCGUUCCGUUGAACAACUGCCUUCAUUGUACCUCCGUUCAAACAAAAGCACAAGACUUUUCCGUGGCAACACACACAUGAAUCUUAGUGCCAUACCAAGUUACGUGUUAAGUGAUAGAUUAAUUGGUGUGUUACACAUCUUCUACCAGUUUCAGUGAUUCUAAAGGGACCGUUAAGCUUUGGUCUUAGGGGUGAUAGUUUAGCGGAGAACGUCAAGAAGUUAUGUAUGUACUCCAACUAAUGUUGGUUUUGAGGGGGUUGGACUUGUCUACGUGUUUUUGGUUUGAGUGAUUUCUACCCCACACCUGGUUUAUGGAACGUUUGUAGCUGAGUUUUUCUACCAUGAAGUACAACAGUCUCAGUUGUUCUAGUUUGUCAAGUGAAGGAAAGAAGUCAACAUUAACCAUCUAUGCUGAUUUGGAUUUAACAUCAGAAAAAAACAAGGAUAAAAGUAUGGAAACCGAAGUCAGCAAACUGAAAGAAGAGCUUCUGCAAGCCCAGACAGCACUAGACAAGCAAACAAGACGAUGUAGACAACUAGUCGGAGAAUUCACCAGAAAACUUCAAGAAAAAGAAUCUCAAUACGAACAUGAAAAGACCCUGAGGGAAGAUCAACUCGCCAAACUACUACGAGCCCUUCUGCUAGUAGAAGCCAGACUGAAGCAAGAACAGAAACUCAUUACACACCAACUGAAAGAGAAGGAUUUCAUCAUUCAAAAGCAGAGUAACGAUCUGAAAAAAUUGUUAUCUGGUCAGUACUGCAAGAACUGUAGCCAAAUCUAUAACUCCAGCGCUAAUCUAGAGAGCCUAGACAGUAGUUCAGAAUAUAUCAUAACCGAUUAUCAAGAAUCGAAUUUCGGGUCUUUAGAUAGCAGUAGCGAAUUAUACGCCACUCUAUCAGACAAAGAUUCAAGUUCCAACAAGAGUCACUUACUAGACGAUUCGGGUUCCAACGGAACCACUUAUUCGUCUGUAAAUGCAAAACCUCGCUACCAAAAGAACAGAGGAAAGGAUUCCUUGGAGAGAAGGGUUAGGAAAAUUCCUCAUAGGAAAAGUGUUGGAACUUACUUCGAGGUACUGAAACUCCGUAACGAAAAUGCUAGUCCAUACUCAAAUGAAGAUAACACAAGCAACGAUUACGACAAUUUCGAUUCUCUUCCACCAGAGAGUGUUGCAGAUCAGAUGAGUGUCAUAUCCAGAGAUAGCGAAAGCUCUUACCAGUACGAGUUGAUCGAAAAGAAUGAUAUUGUAUAUAACAACGAACAUGACGUAGAUACGCUUAAUAAUUUAUCUCUUUCGGAGAGCAACAUCACCGUUAUACAUGCUCCUAACAACAAACUUAGAAACACAGAUGUUGCCAUUGAUGAAGCAUGCAGUAAUGAAAAUAUUGAAGGUAAAGAAACAAACAUAAGCAAGCAUUCUGAACAUAAACUAUCCGAUUCUAUCCAAGUGUUUGAUGCAGACGCAGAUUCUAACGAUACAUGGUAUGUUAACGCCAGUGACCAGGAGGAUGAACAACAAAAGAAUGUAUACAGAAAUAAUCCAGUCUUAGAAUGUGUGAAUCAAAUCCUCCUACAAAACAUCAACGAUAAUCUGAAUUCACCUCCGAAAACCCCAAAUAUUGAAAGAAAGGCAAACAAAAAUAAAAGGGUAAAGUUCAGUGAUGAAAAUAUACUAAUAAGCGAGGACCAGACGUUGACACAAGAAAAUUUGAAUGCUAUAAAACACGAAAGUCAUAACUACUACGAGACCCCAGUACAUAAAGUGCCAAAUUUUUACGAAUCUCCUCAAAGUAUUUACAGUAAUGAUUACGAACAGAUUUUGAGUAGAUGUAGUGAGACAUUUUCGUCAUCUUCUGACACAACUCAAGAAGUUCAACAGGAGGAAGACAUCAAUCAUUCCGAGAACAACGAAAAUCUUAUAGUGUUAAGAAAGAAUAAAAUUUUGAGGGUGCCACCUGCCCUACCUCCUAAGCCAUCUAAUUUACUCUCUAAGUACAAAAUACAAAACAACGCUCUGAAAUUAAACGUGAAAAAUAUCGAUGCCAUAAGUCUAGAUUCUGAACCUGACUACUGUUCUAUAUCUGAACUGAACCUUCCAGAAAAUAGAAUUACACCUAAGAAGAUCCAGGUUAUUGCCGAGAUCAAUCCCAGUGCUCCUAAAGAUACUGACGACCCAACUGAUACAACGAAUGCUAAAUCUCAUAGAAAUGAAUAUGACCCAGUGGAAAACAACGAAAUGAUCAUGAAGACCAUAGAAAAGGUUAACAUACAAGUCGCAAAACAAACCAUCAUAAACAUGGAAGAAUCUAGUCCGACUCAGAAAUCACCAAGUAAGCUUUGCCAAGAAAUACCAAAACUGCCUCAAGUGUCGGAGAUCAUAAUUCCAGAAGAUAGCGAUAAGGAGAAAGAUGACAUGAUAACGCAAGACAACUAUGUGAAGAACAAUUCCCAAAUGAUGAAAGUUAGAAAUUCAACACCAAAAAGAAGACCAAUAAGCAUGGGAUCUUCAGUGUCCACUCUGAUAAUGGGUUUCAAUAAUAGGGAACUCAUGUAUGAACUCCAGAACAAAAAACCCGCUGUAAUCAGUCCACCGAAAAAAAUUUUCUCGAGUUUUGAAAAUUUGCACCUGAAAAGUCCUACUUACAGUCCUAAGGCCGAAGUAGACAAUCAAAGUCAAAACGAUUAUAAUCUCAUACAGAAUUUCGAAGAGUUCAAGCUAGACGAUUGUGAAAUUGAAGAAUAUAUUGUACCAGAUUCUGAAGGAACUGAAAAUAGCGAAAACACGGACGAUAACUCUUCUGUUUCUAAAUUAGAAGGGAAUAUUGGUUUGGUGAGAACAGUAGAAGGCAAGGGAAAAUCAGACGAAGAUUUAUCUAUUCCUACACUAAAUAGAAAAUCCCUAGAAUUGCUGAGGAAACAACUACAAAUAGAAACAAUUGAAAACGAAAUACAAGACAAUAAAACAACGACAAAAGGAAACGAACCAACAUACGAGCAUUUCCUUGAAUGUACUGGACUUAGUUCAAAAUCAAUUUUAACCCCAUCAAGAAUUACUACAACCCACAAAACUGUUUUGAAACCAAGAGAUAUAAAACUCAGAUCCAGGACUAAGGCAUAUGGUUUCUUCGAUACUGCUAGUAUAGGAAGCGGUCCUGAACCCUUUGUUUGAAUUUUAUAUCUUGAUGUAUUCAUGAAUGAAUUAUAUGUAAAUGCAAAUUUUCAGUCAUAAAUGACGAAUAUGCAUAAUGCAUUUUCGUCGUCAGUAUUAUCACUCAAUUUGAAAGUCAUGUAUAGUAGAUAAGAUGUUUUAUUUGUUUGCACUGAAGUUGUAUCCAAAUGAAAAGGAAGUUAAGUAGUGUUUAACUCUCCUGAAAUUAUUUUUAUUCCUAUAACUUAUUCACAAAUAUUCAUUUAAUGUUUAUAUUUUAUAUUAUUGUAAAAUCUGAUUAUUACUAUUAUUAUAGCCGUUUUGAUUAA